AUGGGUUCAGAUAUAGAAAAAAAUCAAACGCUGACCGAAUAUGUAUUUGAAGAACAGUUUAAUGAAACUAUCAGGACGUUUUUGAACAAGCGGCAUGAUAAAGAAAAACCUUUGUGGACUCGCGAAAGGAUAGAAGAAGCUAUCACAGUAAUCGAACAAUUUAAAUUAGCACCACUACUUAAACUGCAACGGACACAUAAACAGUACUAUUAUGGAAAAAAAUACGAUGUUAUGGAAGUAGGUACUAAAAAAUCUUUGAUUUUGAAGAGAAAGUCUGACUCCGAUCCAGUUGUGCAAAUAGUGCCAACGGAAAAUUUUUAUCACAUACUUCGGAAAACUCAUCAGUCAACUGACCACGGAGGAAGAGAUAAAAUGCUGUAUAGUUUGAAAUCGAAAUACCUGAUACCUACUUCAGUUGUACUGGAGUUUUUAAAGCUGUGCACGGUAUGUCAGUCUAAAAAAAAAAUUCCAAGAAAAGGAAUUGUUGUUUGCCCAAUUGUAUCUAGCGACUUCAAUCAUCGUGGCCAAGUCGAUUUAGUUGACUUACAGUCGACCCUAGAUAGAAAUUACAAAUGGCUAUUACACUACCAGGACCACGCGACGAAAUUCAGCUUUCUUCGACCGUUGACUUCAAAAAGAGCUGCUGAAGUAGCAAUGGAGCUGUUAAAAAUAUUUUUAGAAGUAGGUUGUCCUCAUAUACUACAAAGCGACAACGGCCGUGAGUUUACGGCUGCUGUCAUACAAGAAUUAACAAGCUUAUGGCCAACGUGCAAAAUUGUAAAUGGUAGGCCUAGACACCCAGCUAGUCAAGGAUCUGUUGAGCGAUCAAAUCAAGAUGUUGAAGCUAUGUUACGUGCUUGGCUAAUUGACAAUGACACAAAAAAUUGGGCUAUAAGUUGUUACUUUGUUCAAUUCCAAAAGAAUUCCUCUUUUCAUCGAACCAUUAAACGAUCACCUUACAAAGCUUUAUUUGGAACAGAACCAAAAACAGGACUCCAAUCUAGUCAUAUUUCGAAAGAGUUGCUUGAAAAACUUGUUACUGAAGAGGACUUGGAUCUACUUCUUAAUCAGCAGGACCAUGACAUUAUUUUAACACCAGAAGACUUACCAGCAGCUUCCUUAGAGAACAACAAUGACGCUUCAACUUCAAAUGAUCUAUCAAUAAUUAAAUCAAUCAACAAUAACACUUCAAUGUCACACAAUCUACCGGCAGCUGAUUUAUUCACCAAAAAGGCUUUAAAUUUAGAGGAUAUAUCAGAAAUUGAAUCAACUUUUUUAUCGACAACAAGACAACUCGAACCAGUUCACACUCACAACUCUACUUCAACUCCUGCGGUAAAUGAUCAAUUCACGGAAGAUGUUAAAAUAACAACUCUGUGGGGUGUGGUCAUAGAGCUGUGCGAAUCCUGA